AUGUCUGAAGGGCCUGGGAAUAAUGGACUUAGCUCUACGCCAGGUUUGGGCUCAGGUUUCGCGUUAGGCUCGAUGUUGGGUCCUGGCCUGGGCCGUCAAGGCGAUUCCAACCCCAUGUACUACCCACAGAACUCUCAUCCCGCUUUCUAUGCUGGUCACCAGGCGCAGUCGGGCUCACCACCACCUCGACCGCCGACGAACGACUCGUACAAUAGCCAUUUGGUCCCUUACUUGAAUCAGCAGACGUCAAAUGUGGGCGGCGAAGGCAAUGAUAUGGGCGCUGGCGCAGCACCUCCAUUGGAUGCCUUUUAUAUACAGCAAGCGCCUGGUUCCUUUGCUGUACCACUCGACGUCCCUGACGUAAAUGCGUAUGGUCAUGCUGCUACUGGUGGUGCUCUUUCCUCGAAUGGACUGCCCAUGCGCGGCCCACCAAACAUGCCUGGAUGGGCGCCCACCUCGCGUCAAUCGCCUGCUGGCUCGCAUGAAGGUGGUCCUCAUGAUGAAUCGGAUAUGAUGCAUGCAGGCCAGCACAACGGCUAUCCACCGUCGCUGGGCAGUGGUAUGCCCUCGAUGCCAGGCGCUGGCCGCAACUUCCCUGCCUCUAUGUACCGCCCUAAUGACGCGGCGGGCCAUCGCCACAUGAUGAUGGAGCAGGAUCCACGUGGCAAUCGCGCCAUGAUGAACAAGCGUCGUCGCACAAGCCCUAUGCCGUUUGGCGAGAGUAUGGACAUGCAAGCGCGUUUCCGUGGGGCAGGAGGCGCCGGCGGGCCCGGCCGUCCUGGUAUGCCAGCAGGCAUGCGUGGAAUGACGCGUCGCGAUAUGGAGGGUGGCAACCCGGAGGGUCUCACCGAUCUCUUGCCGGAGACCGACGAUGCGGCGGCUGCGGCAGCGGCCGCUGCGCCCUCAGGCGAUCUGACGUCGUGGAUUCUCGGUCCAGAUGAUGCGCCUGGUCGCCCCGCAUCCUUUUCUAUGCCUACGGAUCCUGCAGCGUACUAUCGACAUGGUAUGGCGCAGCCUCCAGGUGCAGGUCUGCGUUUGGAUAUGCCAGGUCUGGGUGCCCCUCCCAUGGAAGCCCCGAAAGGUCUUGCGCCCUUGCGGUCGCAUGCGCCGAAUGCAGAUGACGAGCCAUUGUAUGUCAAUGCCAAGCAGUACCAGCGCAUUCUGAAGCGCCGUGUCGCACGUGCGCGUAUGGAGGAAAAGCGUCGUCAUAUGUUUAUGAUGGCCAUCAAGCAGCGCGAAGAAGAAAAGGGCGGUACUGGCGAGAUCAGCGAAGAGUGGGUGUCUGGUCUGCUGGCGCUCGACGAAGAGACGAAGAAGCCGUACUUGCAUGAAUCGCGUCAUAAGCAUGCGAUGCGUCGUCCUCGUGGCCCCGGUGGACGUUUCUUGACGACCGAGGAGAUUAAGAAGCGGGACCAGGAGCUGGCCGCGCAAAAAGCGAAGGAGGAAGCGGAAGCCAAGGCUGCUACUGCGUCUGCCUCUGGUGCGACGGGUACGGAGGGCCACAGUGAUGCGCCAUCCACGGCCGACGGUGGGGAGACGACCACAGCCGCAGCGACGAACGAGGGCGAGAAAGCUACCGCGUCUGAGCCGACAGAAGGCUCGUCGACGGCCGAGGCAUUGGCCCCGUCAGCCUCUGCGAAGGAUGACGCAGCAUUAUUGUGA